CACGGUAUCUAAUGUAAGCGUAAAACUCGUCCAACAGACAAAAAGGAAACUAAAAAAGAAAAAGGAAAAUUAUAUAAUCUCUAUCUUUUUGAUUUGUUGCUUGUAGACUUGUAGUUGUGGUGUUGUAGCGCUUCAAUUCCCUUGUCUUUUACGAAACCCAAUUGCCAGCUCAAUCGAAUUGAUGCACCAAACAGCUUCUGCAUCUCUCACUAUCUCAAGGUCUCACCUCCUCCAUCUCUCUCUCUCAAUUGCACAUUUGCACAUUUGCACAAUUGGGUUUGCAUUUGUUAGUGUUGCGCUUUGACUCCCCACUGAAAGCUCCGGACUUGAUUCGAUCUCAUCCGAAUCCUCCUUCCUGUGAGAGAGCAAUUGUAUGUUGAUCUGUUCCUUUCUUCUGCAGAAACAAGAAAUGCAAGAGGCUGUGAGGUGAGGUAGAUCUGGAGAAGGCCAAGCUGGUCUCUUCUCUUUACUCCUUUUUCCUAAGGAAUCUUGAAGAGUAGCAGCAAAGCUGGCAUGGCAACCACAAUGGGAUGGAGGUAUGCUGCCACCAAUGGCAGCACCCUUUCCACUAAUGAUCUGGAAAGGAAUGGUGAUGCAAAAGUUCAAGAUUCGGAGCCUCCAACACCACAUUCUCUUUUAAAGAUGGGUUCAAGAGAUCGUAGUAGUAGCAUGGAGGAUGCAGAUGGGACAUUGGCAAGUGUUGCUCAAUGCAUUGAGCAGCUGCGUCAAAGUUCCUCAUCUGUACAAGACAAGGAGUAUUCGUUGAAGCAGUUGCUUGAGCUUAUCAAUACUCGUGAAAAUGCUUUCAGUGCUGUUGGAUCUCACUCUCAAGCAGUUCCAGUGCUUGUUUCUCUUCUUCGAUCAGGUUCAGUUGGAGUUAAGAUACAAGCUGCUACUGUUUUAGGCUCUCUCUGCAAGGAGAAUGAACUCAGGGUGAAAGUCUUGCUUGGAGGAUGCAUUCCGCCAUUGCUUGGUCUACUCAGGUCCAGCUCAGCAGAAGGGCAAGUUGCAUCUGCGAAGACAAUUUAUGCUGUUUCUCAAGGUGGUGCCAGGGAUCAUGUUGGAUCAAAAAUAUUUUCAACUGAAGGAGUUGUGCCAGUGCUCUGGGAGCAGCUACAAAAAGGGAUCAAAACUGGUAGUUUGGUUGAUAGUUUGUUGACUGGAGCGUUAAAGAACCUAUCCAGCAGCACUGAGGGAUUCUGGACUGCAACCUUCCAAGCUGGAGCAGUGGAUAUACUUGUGAAGUUGCUGACAACCGGGCAGUCAAGCACUCAAGCUAACGUGUGCUUUCUACUUGCAUGUAUGAUGGUGGAAGAUCCAUCUGUCUGUUCUAAGGUGCUGGCUUCAGAGGCUACCAAACAACUUCUCAAGCUUUUAGGAUCCGGAAAUGAAGCUUCUGUUAGAGCAGAAGCUGCAGGUGCUCUUAAAUCUCUUUCUGCCCAGUGCAAAGAAGCAAGACGGGAAAUAGCUAACUUCAAUGGCAUUCCUGUAUUGAUAAAUGCUACAAGCCCCUCCAAAGAAUUCAUGCAGGGUGAGUAUGCCCAAGCGUUGCAGGAGAAUGCGAUGUGUGCUUUAGCAAAUAUUUCUGGUGGUUUGUCAUAUGUUAUCUCAAGCCUUGGGCAAAGCCUUGAAUCUUGCACUUCACCUGCCCAAAUUUCUGAUACAUUAGGGGCUUUGGCUUCAGCUUUGAUGAUAUAUGAUAGUACAGCAGAAUCUAAUAGAGCAUCAGAUCCUGUGGUUAUUGAGCAGACAUUGGUUUCACAGUUCAAACCGCGUUUACCGUUUCUUGUUCAGGAACGAACCAUAGAGGCCCUUGCGAGUUUGUAUGGGAAUUCUGUACUCUCAGUUAAACUUGCCAAUUCAGAAGCAAAGCGUUUGCUUGUUGGUUUGAUCACAAUGGCAACAAAUGAAGUUCAGGAUGAGCUAAUGAGAGCUCUUCUUGCACUUUGCAAUAGUGAGGAAAGUCUGUGGUGUGCGCUUCAAGGUCGUGAAGGGGUUCAGCUGUUGAUAUCACUUCUUGGGCUUUCAUCAGAACAGCAGCAAGAAUGUGCAGUUGCACUGCUUUGCCUGCUUUCCAAUGAGAAUGACGAAAGUAAAUGGGCUAUUACUGCUGCUGGUGGCAUACCUCCACUUGUUCAGAUUCUGGAGACAGGAUCUGCAAAAGCCAAGGAAGAUUCAGCAUCAAUCCUUAGGAACCUGUGCAACCACAGUGAAGAUAUACGUGCAUGUGUUGAAAGUGCUGAUGCUGUUCCUGCAUUACUGUGGCUUCUAAAGAAUGGAAGUUCAAACGGAAAAGAAAUUGCAGCAAAGACUUUAAAUCAUUUGAUCCAUAAAUCUGAUACAGCAACCAUUAGCCAACUUACUGCAUUAUUGACCAGUGAUCUACCUGAAUCUAAAGUGUAUGUUUUGGAUGCUUUAAAAAGUAUGCUGUCCGUGGUCCCCCUCAAUGAUAUAUCACGUGAAGGUAGUGCUGCUAAUGAUGCAAUUGAGACAAUGAUAAAAAUAUUGAGCACAACUAAAGAAGAGACUCAAGCCAAGUCCGCAUCAGCUUUAGCUGGAAUAUUUGAAUCCAGGAAGGACUUGCGUGAAAGUAGCAUUGCUGUUAAAACUCUUUGGUCAGCCAUCAAGUUGAUUAGUGUCGAAUCUGUAUAUAUCCUUGCAGAGGCCUCACGUUGCCUUGCGGCAAUAUUUCUUUCAAUUAAAGAGAACCGGGAUGUGGCAGCUGUUGCUCGAGAUAUAUUAUCCCCAUUAGUUCUGCUUGCUAACUCGUCAGUUCUGGAAGUUGCAGAACUAGCAACAUGUGCUCUGGCUAAUCUUAUUUUGGACAGUGAAGUUUCAGAGAAAGCAGUUGCUGAAGAUGUUAUUUUCCCGGCUACUAGAGUUUUGCGUGAAGGCACAGUACCUGGAAAGACCCAUGCAGCAGCAGCAAUUGCUCGCCUGCUCCAUUCUCGUCAAAUUGAUUAUGCUUUAACUGAUUGUGUGAAUCGUGCUGGAACUGUUCUUGCAUUAGUUUCUUUUCUAGAAUCUGUUAAUCAUGAUUCUGUUGCCACAUCAGAGGCACUUGAGGCACUUGCUAUUCUAUCCAGGUCAGAAGGUGCUUCUGGAGAUAUAAAACCUGCAUGGGCAGUUUUGGCUGAAUUCCCGAAAAGUAUUACCCCAAUAGUUUUAUCCAUUGCUGAUGCAACACCCUUGUUGCAGGAUAAGGCUAUUGAAAUAUUAUCACGGCUUUGCAGAGAUCAGCCUGAUGUAUUGGGUGACACAGUUGCUACUGCUUAUGGAUGUAUUUCAUCAAUUGCCAAAAGGGUGAUCAAUUCAACAAAAUCAAAAGUUAAAACUGGAGGAACUGCACUACUUAUUUGUGUUGCAAAAGUUAGUCAUCAGAGAGUUGUGGAAGAUCUUAGUGAAUCAAACUUACGCACCCAGCUAAUUCAAGCUCUUGUUGCAAUGCUUAGUUCUUUGGGAAGCCCAGGGGAUAAUGAGAAUGAUUCUAUUGGCAUUUAUAGGCAUGCUAAAGAGGAAACAAAGAUUGAUGAGUCUUAUUCAAGCACAGGAGUAAUUAGUGGUGUCAAUUUAGCUAUGUGGCUACUGUCUAUUCUUGCCUGUCACGAUGAAAGGUGCAAAAUUGUGAUUAUGGAGGCUGGGGCUGUGGAAGUCCUCACUGACAGGAUCUCAAAUGAUUUCUCACCCUACUCACAGAUUGAGUUUAAAGAAGAUAGUAGCAUAUGGAUUUGUACUUUGCUGUUGGCAAUCUUGUUUCAAAACAGAGACAUCAUACGAGCACAUGCAACCAUGAAAUCUGUACCAGUACUUGCAAACUGGUUGAGAUCAGAAGAUUUGCCCACCAGAUAUUUUGCUGCACAGGCAAUGGCCAGCCUAGUCUGUAAUGGUAGCAGGGGGACUCUUCUAUCUGUUGCAAAUUCUGGAGCAGCAGGCGGGCUCAUUUCCCUACUUGGCUGUGCGGAUAUUGAUAUAAGUGAUCUUUUGCAGUUGUCAGAAGAGUGUGGUUUAGUACGUUAUCCUGAGCAAGUUGCCCUUGAGAGGUUGUUCAGAGUUGAAGACAUAAGGGUUGGUGCUACUUCCAGGAAAGCAAUACCUGCACUUGUUGAUCUACUCAAACCCAUUCCAGAUCGUCCUGGAGCACCAUUUUUAGCACUUGGGCUUCUGACUCAGCUUGCGAAAGACUGUCCAUCGAAUAAAAUUGUAAUGGUAGAAUCAGGAGCUUUGGAAGCACUGACCAAAUAUCUUUCACUUGGCCCUCAAGAUGCAACUGAGGAAGCUGCUACAGAUCUGUUAGGUAUACUAUUUGGCAGUGCUGAAAUCAGGAGACAUGACUCUUCAUUUGGUGCUGUUGGUCAGCUUGUGGCAGUUUUACGGUUAGGUGGAAGAGCUUCAAGGUACAGUGCUGCUAAAGCAUUGGAAAGCUUGUUUUCUGCUGACCAUAUAAGGAAUGCAGAAAGUGCUCGACAAGCUGUUCAACCCUUGGUGGAGAUUCUCAAUACUGGUUCUGAGAAGGAGCAACAUGCUGCAAUUGCUGCGUUGGUAAGGCUGCUGAGUGAAAAUCCAUCAAGAGCCUUGGCAGUUGCAGAUGUUGAGAUGAAUGCAGUAGAUGUUCUCUGCAAGAUUCUUUCUUCAAAUUGCUCAAUGGAGCUGAAAGGGGAUGCUGCCGAGUUGUGUUGUGUUCUCUUUGGAAAUACAAGAAUCAGGUCAACAAUGGCUGCAGCUAGAUGUGUGGAGCCUCUGGUGUCUCUUCUUGUGACUGAGUUCAGUCCUGCACAGCAUUCAGUUGUCCGUGCGUUGGAUAAACUUGUUGAUGAUGAGCAACUGGCAGAACUUGUUGCUGCUCACGGGGCAGUUAUUCCUCUUGUAGGUCUUCUAUAUGGUAAGAAUUACUUGCUCCAUGAAGCUAUUUCUAGAGCCCUCGUGAAAUUAGGGAAAGACAGGCCUGCUUGCAAGAUGGAAAUGGUGAAAGCUGGAGUAAUUGAGAGCAUACUUGACAUCCUCCAUGAGGCACCCGAUUUUCUCUCUGCUGCUUUUGCAGAACUGCUCCGAAUAUUGACCAACAAUGCAAGCAUUGCUAAGGGACCAUCUGCUUCAAAAGUGGUUGAGCCCCUUUUUGUGCUUCUAACAAAACCAGAGUUUGGACCUGAUGGGCAGCAUAGUGCACUUCAAGUUCUUGUCAACGUUUUGGAGCAUCCACAGUGUCGUUCUGACUAUAAGUUGACAUCCCACCAAGCUGUUGAACCUAUUAUUCCCUUACUUGAUUCUCCUGCUCCAGCAGUACAACAGUUGGCCGCUGAGCUUCUGUCACAUUUACUCUUUGAAGAACAACUUCAAAAGGAUUCAGUGACUCAGCAAGUGAUUGGUCCUCUCAUACGGGUUCUUGGCUCUGGUAUACACAUAUUGCAGCAGAGAGCUGUGAAGGCCCUUGUUAGUAUUGCGCUAAUUUGGCCGAAUGAAAUAGCAAAAGAGGGUGGUGUCACUGAAUUGUCCAAGGUGAUAUUGCAAUCAGAUCCAUCUCUUCCUCAUGCCUUGUGGGAAUCGGCUGCUGCUGUUUUAUCAAGCAUUCUGCAGUUUAGUUCUGAAUUUUACUUGGAAGUGCCUGUGGCUGUGUUGGUAAGGUUGCUUCGUUCUGGCUCAGAAGGCACAGUAAUUGGUGCAUUGAAUGCUCUUCUGGUACUGGAAAGUGAUGAUGCAACCAGCGCAGAAGCAAUGGCUGAAAGUGGUGCUUUAGAGGCUCUUUUGGAUCUUCUUAGAUCUCAUCAGUGUGAGGAAACUGCUGCUAGGCUGUUGGAAGUAUUGUUGAACAAUGUGAAGAUCAGAGAAACUAAGGCUACCAAGUCUGCUGUAUUACCAUUGUCUCAGUACCUCUUAGAUCCACAAACCCAAGCUCAGCAAGCGAGGUUACUGGCAACUCUAGCUCUUGGUGAUCUAUUCCAAAAUGAGGGCCUUGCUCGAAGCACUGACGCUGUUUCAGCUUGUCGUGCACUAGUAAAUGUGCUUGAAGAGCAACCUACUGAAGAAAUGAAGGUUGUAGCGAUAUGUGCUUUGCAGAACCUUGUCAUGUACAGUAGAUCUAAUAAAAGAGCAGUUGCUGAGGCUGGUGGCGUCCAGGUUGUGUUGGAUCUGAUUGGUUCAAGUGAUCCAGAUACUUCUAUUCAGGCUGCAAUGUUUGUUAAACUUCUCUUUUCAAACCAUACCAUUCAAGAGUAUGCUUCUAGUGAGACAGUAAGGGUGAUUACUGCUGCUAUCGAGAAAGAUUUAUGGGCAACCGGAACUGUGAACGAGGAGUACCUGAAAGCUCUGAAUGCUCUUUUUAGCAACUUCCCACGACUUAGAGCCACAGAACCUGCAACGUUAAGCAUUCCUCAUCUUGUUACAUCCCUCAAGACAGGGUCAGAGGCAACUCAAGAAGCUGCCUUGGAUGCACUCUUUCUUCUUAGGCAAGCUUGGUCAGCAUGUCCAGCUGAAGUUUCUAGGGCGCAGUCAAUUGCUGCAGCCGAUGCAAUCCCCUUGCUGCAAUACUUAAUUCAGUCUGGCCCACCUCGGUUUCAGGAGAAGACAGAAUUUUUGUUACAAUGUUUGCCGGGGACAUUGGUGGUGAUAAUCAAGCGUGGAAAUAAUAUGAAGCAGUCAGUGGGAAAUCCUAGUGUUUAUUGCAAGAUUACACUCGGCAACACUCCACCUAAGCAAACUCAGGUUGUUUCAACUGGACCGAAUCCCGAAUGGGAUGAAAGCUUUUCGUGGUCCUUUGAGAGUCCUCCGAAAGGCCAGAAGCUCCACAUAUCUUGCAAGAACAAGAGCAAAAUGGGAAAGAGUUCAUUUGGAAAGGUAACCAUCCAGAUUGAUCGUGUAGUAAUGCUGGGAGCAGUUGCCGGAGAGUACACUCUGUUGCCAGAAAGCAAAAGCGGGCCGUCACGGAAUUUAGAAAUAGAGUUCCAGUGGUCUAACAAGUAACAACAAAACCCACAUUGAGUUUUUGUUAUAAUUCUUGUGCAAAUGAAUUAUUAGGGGAAACAUGUUCAAAAAGAUGGUUCUUUUUUUCUUUUCUUUUUAAUUUUCAGUCUGGAUUAUUUAUCAUGUGAAUGUACAUAAUAUCCCAAAGAUUCUGAUUUUUUGUCAAAAGCCCAUUGAGUAGUCAUUUGUGAAUGUAUUCUUUUAUAACUUGUGGGAAACAUGUAACUUACUUGUGUGCUUGUCAAUGCUAGUGGAAAUAAUGAAAGUUGAAUUUUAAUGGUU